AUGGCGAAAUACUAUCCGGAAGUAUUGUUUCACGAUCUUAUCCUUGAAAAUGUUUUGAAAUUUGGGAAACGUGAAGCUCUGAUUCACAAUGAUCGUGUUAUAACUUUUGAUAAAAUUCCGAAUCUGGUCUCAAAAAUGAUCUCCAAGCUACUAGAACUAGGGGUUGGAAGUGAUCAAACAGUGUUAGUAUGCAUGCCAAACUCAAUUUGGUACCCGAUAAUAUUUUUGGCUUGCGCAAAAAUUGGGGCGAUUCUUUCCGGCAUCAGUCCUCAAUCAACCGCUAAUGAGUUGAAAUUUUUCAUGGCAGAGAGUGGAUCUAAAUUCUUCUUCACUGAUGAAACUGUUGCAAAAGACAAUGCUUGGAUUUUGUCGAAUGUUACUGUAGAAAUCCUACCUGAGGACAUUAUGGCUUAUAUGGAGCCAAUCGUAGAGAUAGAGCAUCUGAACAUUGAAACCAAGGACAUUGACUCGUAUCUCCUAGCUCCAUUUUCUAGUGGAACUACUGGCUUGCCAAAAUGUUGUCUUUUGACUCAUCGCAACUUUCUUGCUUCGACUUUCUCGUUGAAAAAAUUUCUCUUCGACCAACUUCUUGCUCAGAGUAAUAUGAAAACAUUGGCAUUUCUACCAUUUCAUCAUGCUUCUGGAUUCUGGGCAUUGCUAUUAUGUCUUCUCGAGGGGUGCACUACUGUCAUAAUGUCAGAUUUUCACCCAAUCAUUAUGAUGGAUUUGGUGGAGAAAUACCAGAUCGACACUAUCAACAUUGUUCCCUCAAUUGCAAAUAUUUUCAUAAAAAUGGGGCUUCUUCAGGGUUAUGGAAUGACCGAGCUGGUGGUUCUUAGUUGUGUUACACCAAUUGACGACAACUUCGAGCACCUUGGAUCUUGUGGUCAUAUUUUGCCUGGAUUCGUUGCAAAAUUACUCAGACACUCAACCGGUGAGACCGAGUUGCUACUGAAAUCCGACGCUAUAAUGAAGUUUUACCGGAACGGUACGCCAAAUUUGGAUGAGGAUGGAUACUUACAUACAGGAGAUAUUGCAAAUGAAAAAGACGGAUUCUUCAAUAUAGUGGAUAGAAUGAAAGACUUAAUUAAGCUGAACGGAUACCAAGUUUCUCCAACUGAGAUUGAAAACGUGAUCCUGACAGUCCCAAAAGUGGCAGAAGUUGCAGUCGUUGGGAUUGAAGACGAAUUGUGCGGCCAGCUGCCAAAAGCGUUUAUCGUUCUUGAAAAAGGUGCAGACGAACUGCUGUUCCGUAAACAUUUGGAUCACACAAUGAAAGAAAAACUAUCUGCUGUUAAACAAUUACGGGGUGGAGUUUCAAUAAUACAUGAGAUGCCAAAAUCAGCAAGCGGAAAAGUGCAAAAAAACAAGUUGGUCUACUACUAA